AUGGCUGAUGGUAUAGAUCAACAGCCAAACAGCCCAAGGUUUAAGUUUAACUUCAUUGCAGAUGUGGUGGAGAAGAUUGCCCCUGCUGUUGUGCACAUAGAACUCUUUCUCAGGCACCCUCUGUUUGGCCGCAACGUCCCCCUCUCCAGCGGCUCUGGCUUCAUUAUGUCCGACACGGGGCUGAUUGUCACCAAUGCCCACGUGGUCUCCAGCAGCAGCAGCAGCAGCACCGCAACUGGGCGGCAGCAGUUGAAAGUGCAGCUCCAGAGUGGGGACACCUACGAAGCGACCAUCCAGGACAUUGACAAGAAGUCAGACAUCGCAACCAUAAAGAUAAAGCCACGGAAAAAACUGCCUGUCCUCCUCUUGGGCCAUUCUGGUGAUCUGAGGCCGGGGGAGUUUGUUGUGGCCAUGGGGAGCCCGUUUGCCCUGCAGAACACUGUCACCACGGGCAUCGUCAGCACAGCGCAGAGGGAUGGCAAGGAACUGGGCCUGCGGGAUUCAGACAUGGACUACGUCCAGACCGAUGCCAUCAUCAAUUAUGGGAAUUCAGGAGGACCUCUCGUCAACCUGGAUGGGGAAGUGAUUGGCAUCAAUACUUUAAAGGUGACUGCAGGAAUUUCCUUUGCAAUUCCAUCUGAUCGCAUCUCCCGAUUCCUCUCUGAGAAUAACAGCAAACAAAAUGGGAAGAAAAGGUUUAUUGGCUUAAGGAUGCUGACGAUAACACCGGCACUUGUGGAAGAACUGAAGUUUAAUAAUCCAGAUUUUCCGGAUGUCGGUGGUGGAAUUUAUGUACACGAAGUUGUUCCAAAUUCGCCAUCUCACAGAGGUGGGAUUAAGGAUGGCGACAUCAUCGUUAAGGUGAAUGGACGUCCGCUGAUGACUUCUGCUGAUUUGCAAGAGGCGGUGAUGAAUGAAGCGCCGCUGCUGCUCGAAGUCAGAAGAGGAAACGAUGACUUGCUGUUUAACAUAGAGCCUGAAGUAGUGAUGUAGACCAAGCUGAGGAAGAUCGUUGCGAUACAACUAGAUUCAUUUAUUCUGGAACAUCAAAUACCUCCUAUGUACCUUGUGUGUUGGCUGAUGACAAGGUGGGGUGAUCUAAUUUCCUGAGCCAUCGUUGUGCCAGACAGUCAACAGUGAACAGUCUUCCAGCAGCGCAACUCUUUAACUGGUGUCGUAGCAGAUAUAUUUGGAACAAGACAAAAAGCUUGUAGUUUUGCAUUUGGAAGUGGCUCACAAGGGACAUUUGAAAGGCCAAAAUCCCACCCCUGUGCUUUAGAACUUAUGGAAUUAUUGUUCCUGAAUUAAGAUCAGACACUAAGCAGCAAACUGUUACUGCAAAAUGCUCUUUGGGGUAUGUCCGUGAGUCCUUGCUGCUUCAACUUUUGUGCGGAUUUCACCCAGACUGCUGGCUUUUUGUGGUUUGUGGAUGGUAGCCUUAGUCAGUUUGGCCCAAAACUACACUUCUGGAAACAUCCUUACGUGUGAAAUGGUUUAUUUCCCCAAUUAGUAAAUGUUACCUAUGAAUUGAUCUGAGAAAUUACAAACAUGAACAGGAAGGGAAGGGCUCAUUAAGAUGGCCACACCUCAAGAGCCUUCCUUUUGUAUGAUCUAUAAACUGGGGUCAAAGUUACAGUGUCUGUGGGGAUGAACACACGAAGGACUUCCUCUGGGAGAGGGCACUUGGUUCAGGGGAGUAAACAAACCUCAGACUUCAGAAGUUUGCAGUGCUUUUUUGGGUGUGUGUGUGUGUGUGUGUGUGUGAAAGAAAUGGUCUUCAUAUAAAACUUUCCAUCCCAAGACACCAACUGUAUGAAAUCCCCAUUCAGCCCUACAACUCCCACUAAUCAAAACCAGCUGUUGGGCAGGAUCAGAAAACUCAAAGAACAAAGAUGGCCAAGAGGCAGCAGCAUCUCUUCAGCAGAUGAAAGCCCCCCUCCCCCCCGUCCUUCUAACUCUGUUCAGCUCUGCAGGCAAAUGUAAACGGGGUGUGUGGUGUGGGUUUCCUUUUCUAGAGAUCUGAGUGGGUGUAUAACUCAGAUUCAGGAUGUGUGGCUGUGUGUGUCACUGGAGCAUGGUGUGUGUCUGUAUAAAAUACAGUAUUUGUCUGUGUAAGUGCUGUAGUGUUUGUGGUAAAGGGAGAGUGAAUGAGGUUAAAAGGUGUGGUUAGAGAAAAACAUUUUGAAUUCCUCACUGUCAUCCUUCUUAAGAAAUAGUUCAAUAGAAGCCCCCCCCCCAAAAAAAAAAAUACCACCACAACCCUCUUCCACAGUUGAGUUGGCACUCUGGACGUACACACUUAAACCCCCAGCUGAAUGUUUUGUUCUCUUGUCUUCUUAAGCUCUCUCUGCCGACAUUCCAGGGAGCCGCUUCAGGUGCAGCUAAAAAGAAAGGGGGGGGGAGGUGGCGUGGCCAUUACGGAUCACACUGGGGUGGUUCCAGGAAUCUUGCCAGGUCGGUGGCAAGCGCUUGGGCCGGCCACCCCAUAGCCACCCGAAGUCUUUUGGUUUAUGGGACUUCACUAGAUGAAAACUAAGUAUUUCAAAGGUGUUUCUGAAACCAGGAAUGAAAGAGGUCUUGUGGUCUUCCUUUUUUACACAGUCUGAGCUCUUGCUCCAUAAUGCUGUUUGGUUCAUCUGGCCCUGACUGCAGGCUCUUGUUACAUGGAGGUUAUACAAAAGUGGAAUGUAGUAAAUGAUUCUUAUAGAAUUAUUGCCUGAUAUAAUCACAAAGCAAUGUGCAAAACAAAGCUGAAACUUUGAGAAAGUGCACAGAUUUUCAGGGGCUCAAUUUUCUUUCAUUGUAUUGAAAAGCAUUAUUGUACAAAUUGUAUACAUAUGACGUGUACAGCAAGUUUCUACUGUACAAAGAAUAAACUCUACACAGAUAUCUUGUUUUUAAUCAUGGGUUUUAAUUUUUUCUUCCUAAUAUUGGUACAUAUUAGAGAUGUAAAAUUUCCCAACGUGUUGA